UCCUCAACGCUGUUCCCCUCCCCCGAUUCCCCAAUAAAAUCUUUUUUUUUUUAAUUUUAAAAAAAGAUGAGCUGGGACUUUAUAGAAACUGAUCAGGCUGCGAGGUUUCUGAGGAGUUGAGCUCAUAAAAGUUCGUGAGCCCACCUAGUCCAGCUCUAUGGUCCUAACUUCCUUUGCAUAAAACUCUAUGGUUCUAACUUCUUGUCUCCCUGACUUAAAUACCCUCCAUCUUAACACAAAAGCCAGAAUGUGCACGUGGCUGGCUAGUUUUGCACCUGCUGGGUUGCAGCCCUUUUUCCUUUUCCCCCGAAUUAAUCCUUGUUGGUAACAGAAUACCUAAUUGAUAUUGUAGUUCAGCCGACAAAUAUUUUAUAGCUGCGAUUGACUGCGGGUAACUGGAACCGUGGAAAGUAAAACCACGGCUAAGGGGGGAACUAUACUGUAGGUCUAUCUGGGCUGGAUUUGCUGUCCCUUGAAACCAUAAAAGCAAAAUUCAGCAGCGCUCAGGGGCUUAGAGGCAAGCACUUCAGCCUGCUAGCCUGACCCCCCAUCUGGGAUGGCGGUACGUUAUGGAGGGUGCCAAGAGGACAACCGUAGUGGGGCGCCAUCUCCCAUCAGCAUGGGCCGCGUUGGUACAGUCCAGACUGUGACAACGGGCGGCUGCGGGGACGCUGUCCAGCGGCACCACCCCCAGCCUGGGCAGUCGUACGGUCCGGACUGUGACAAUGGGCAGCCGCGGGGGCGCCGCCUCCCAGCAGCACCCCCCCGCCUGGGCCGCAGUGGUACGGUCCGGACUGUGACAAUGGGCAGCCGCGGGGGCACCGCCUCCCAGCAGCCCCCCCCCGCCUGGGCCGCAGUGGUACGGUCCGGACUGUGACCUUUGGCGGCCGUUGGGGCGCGUCCCUGUCCCUGGCUCCACGGCGUGAGCGGGAAGCCCAGGUAUCCAGGGCACUGAGGAGCAGGUCCCGCGUGCGGGUGAAGAGCCGCCGUCGGCUUCCGGUGCGUUACUUCCGGGCCGGAUGAGAGUACUUCCGGCUGCGGCUCGCCUGGCCCCCGGCCCCGGCGCGCGCUGCGCUGGGCAGAGGGACGUUGGCCGCCCCACGGUGAGGCGCUGUCCGCCCAACCCCGCCGCCUUCCUUGCAGAGGAAGCGGCGAUCCGAGGCUCCACUCGGGUCAGAGGGUCGGCUGUGGGCCUUGUGGCGUCCGCGAUGCGGCCCCUUCCACGCCACAGCCUCGCGGAUCCCCGCCCCGGGCUCGCCUCGGCAGCCCCGUUUGUUCCCGGCCCACCUUAAAUGCCGCGCGCCCUUAAGGGCCCGAGGUGUAGCGGGGGCGCCUCCGGUUAAGGAGGGUUCCCCACCGCCCGCCCUGGAGUCCCGCGGCCCGCUUCCCUGACCGACAGGCGGGGCGGAGGGCCCGGGGUGGGCUCCCCGUGCGCGAGAGCGAGUGGCCAGGCCGCCAUCGAUGUCCCCAGGGAGAGGCCCGGGCGCCCCGCGAUGCGCACGGAGAUCUCGCACUGGCUGUCAUUCCGCGGCCCCUCCGAUCGGUGGGUGGCGGGGCCCCGGUGAUCCCGCAGCAAAGCCUCCGUGGUACGCGCGCUCAGGGCGGGGACAUCUUCCCGCAAGAGGGCAUGGCCUCGGCACGGAGGUGUUCCGGCCCGGCCGCGCGUUCCGGGGAGUGAUGGCGCCUCCCGGGGCGUGGGGAUGCCGCUCUGGCCCCUGGAAGGCGCCCAAGUCCAGGAGCAUCCUGGCUUCCCUGAGGCGUACAGCCUGGGUCGUUUCUGUAAGGGUGGGUGACCGGUUCACGCGGAAAACGCUGAAUAAAACAAACGAUGACGGUUGCCUCCGAUGGUCGCCUAUCGCCAUCGGGACCAGAGUCCACUGCGCUGGCCCGUUUCCAGCCACGGCUCCUCGGACUCCGUCCUCUCCCCAGCGCACCAGCCGGCCCACCCCAGGGCCCUUGCCCUCGCCGUGACCCUUUCGUCCCGAGGUGUCCCCUCCGAGAGGCCCUUGACCCUGCAGCCGGGUCACCCUUGGUUCUCCAUCACUCCCGGUUCCGCCCUUUGUCAUGUACCUUUCACUUUGUGGAGUGGCCGUCCUACCUUUAGCACCCGCCUCGCUGGCGCGGACCGCGUGGGGCCCACCGGAGCCCACGGCCCGGCCACGGGGCGCUUGUCCGUUUGGACGAGAGAGACCUCGGCUCUGGACGUGGAGGGCUAGCUGCGGGGUUGGGUGACGCCAGCCUCCCGCCCCGCGCUCGGUUCCCUGUGAGGCUUGCGGUCCACGCAGUGCGGGAGAUACAGGACAAGAAUUGCUUCUUGAAAACAACUUGAAUCAUGUGGGCUGAGAGAGAACUGGCUGUGGAAGGAGCCGGAAGGCAGCUGUGAUCCUGGCCAGGACCUCGCCACAGCCCCGCUCUUAGCAGGACGCCAUGCUGACGGGUCCCAGUGUCUGUCCUGCCACCUGAGGGUGGCGUGGCCGUGCUGGUGCAUCUUGCAGACGAGAACGUGCACCAUGUCAGCGGCAGCAAAACCCCAAGCCCCAGCAGAGCCGGCCCCGGGUCCUGAGGAGACGCCCCGGGGAAAGCCGCCCCUUGGCUGGGGCUCUCUGUUCGGCCACCGCGAGAAGAUUGUUUUCACCAGGAGUGAUAGCGCCCCCGGGGAGAGCGUGCUCACCGUCACCAUCAGCGAGACCACUGUCAUCGAGUCGGACCUGGGGGUGUGGAGCUCACGGGCUCUGCUCUACCUCACGCUCUGGUUCUUCCUCAGCUUCUGCACCCUCUUCCUCAACAAGUACAUCCUGUCCCUGCUGGAGGGCGAGCCCAGCAUGCUAGGUGCUGUGCAGAUGUUGUCCACCACGUUUAUUGGGUGCCUGAAAAUAUUUGUCCCGUGCUGUUUAUAUCAGCACAAAACCCGGCUUUCUUACCCACCCAACUUCAUCAUGACCAUGCUGUUCGUGGGCCUGAUGAGGUUUGCGACAGUGGUCUUGGGUCUGGUCAGCCUGAAGAAUGUGGCGGUUUCAUUUGCGGAGACGGUGAAGAGCUCCGCCCCCAUUUUCACUGUGAUCAUGUCCCGGCUGAUCCUGGGGGAGUACACCGGGCUGCUGGUCAACCUCUCCCUCGUCCCGGUCAUGGGAGGCCUGGCACUAUGCACGGCAACCGAGAUGAGCUUCAACAUCCUGGGGUUUUCGGCCGCGCUGUCCACCAACAUCAUGGACUGUUUGCAAAAUGUUUUUUCAAAAAAACUCCUCAGCGGGGACAAGUACAGGUUCUCGGCCGCCGAGCUGCAGUUCUACACGAGUGCCGCGGCCGUGGCCAUGCUGGUCCCAGCCUGGAUCUUCUUCAUGGACUUGCCGGUGAUUGGUAGGAGCGGGAAGAGCUUUGCUUACACACAGGACGUGGUGCUGCUGCUGCUGACGGACGGUGUGCUGUUCCACCUGCAGAGCGUCACGGCGUACGCGCUCAUGGGCAGGAUCUCCCCUGUGACUUUCAGUGUCGCCAGCACCGUGAAGCAUGCCUUGUCCAUCUGGCUCAGUAUCAUCGUUUUUGGCAACAAAGUCACCAGCCUGUCAGCCGUGGGCACCAUCCUGGUCACGGCUGGUGUCCUGCUCUACAACAAGGCCAAGCAGUACCAGCGGGAAGCCAUGCAGACCCUGGCCGUGGCUGCCGGCCGCACACCAGAGGACAGCGCUGAGCCGCUGGUCCCCAAGGAGGCCAGGCCGCACCACUGAGCUCAGGCCUCGGCAGGUGCCCGAUGCCACGCGCUGCUGCCAUCCUCGCUGACACGGGAUCCCUGCCCUCUCUGCCCCCUGGCCACUCCCACCCCCACGGUCACAGCUGGGGUGAGGAGACCAGGCCCGUGCAGCCUUCCCUGCCCCUUUCUGGGGUUUUCAGGCAAAACCAGCGGGAACUUGAAUGGAAUCCCAGACGCCAGCUUCCGGGGGCGGAGACCAGAGCCAGCUGCCUGCCGCCAAGCCAUCGCCAAUGAUGUGAAAAUGUGAACACGGCCUCCCGCUGCCCCACGCUGAGCGCACGGAAGGGGUCUGGACUCACCGGCCUCUGCACGGCCCUCGCAGGGCACGAGGCCUGACUGCAGUUAGGCCCCCAUUCCUCCGGGUGAAAACCACUGGGGACAACUGUGAAGUCAGAGCUGGGUCUAGGUGCCAACAUGGGCUGCUGUCUGCUUGGUGCCAGCAGACAGAACUCAUCUUCCCCACGCUAGCCACUGAAGGCACUGCCCACUCCUUGGCAUGUGGGGAGACCACUGUGCUGGAAUGAAGGCCAAGGUGCCCACUGCCUGGGUACAGAGGCCACAGAGCCAGGCAAUGAGUGGGGAGGGGACACACAGGGCUCCGAAACAGGGGGCCCCUGCUGCUGAGGGUGGGGUGUUGGGCCCUUGCCUUGCCACCCGACCCUCCUACCCGAUGCGUCCUCUCCCCCACCUGGGGCUGCCAACAGCCGGUCCCACUUAGGGAAAGGUCACUCCAGGAAGGCAGGGGGGUCUUUCAUCACCUGCUGCACUAAGCCCCCGCUUCCGAGGGGCUCCAGCCCUGGAGGCUGGGACACACGCGCAGUGCUGAGCUCAGGCAGGGGAUGCCGCCCUCCGUUGCUCUGGAGUCAGCUGCUGUGCAGGGUCCCCUACCGCCCGUGUCUCACCAUGAAGACAUUACACUUUUCCUCCUGAAUGGGUGAGGGCCGAGGAACACUUGGAGUGUUUACAGUUUCCAUUACACUGUAGCAUUGAAAAUGAGAAUGUAAUUUUUUAAAAAGGAGACGCAGGCGCAGGUGGCUUCUGGACUGCAGCAUGUAUGUCACACUCUGAACCCACAGGCUGGCGGCGGGCUCCCCUCCCAGAGUGGAUGGGCAGGUGCGGGAGCCCUGUGCUGGGCUGAGGCUCCUGAGCGCUUCACACUAUCCCUCACCCCCCUUUCUGAUGGGGCACGUCCACCGCCAGCCAGUUUCUGGGGCCCUCCCCAUAGGGCAGCCCCACUCGGUGGUCCAAGGCGGCCUGGCCACCUGACCACCACAGCCUGCCUGCUGGAACUGAGUACACCAACUGAGAAAGGGGACCAAAGGCGCCCUUGUCCCUAAAUCUUAUUUCCCUCCCUGCUGGUCAGGCCUUUGGCUCUCACGAUCAGUCCACUGGUUUUCCAGUUGGCUUCUCAACUGGAAAAUAUAAAAAUAGCCUCUUCGGGAGAUCACAUCUCUUGGAAACAAAGAGCAAUAAUUAUGUCUCAUUAAGUUCUGCCUACUUGAAAAAGUUUGCCACAGCGAGGGAUUAAAAUGAAGCUUUUUAAACUACAACCAACCUUUUUGCGAAGCUGACCUGCAUCCAGAGGACAGGCAGGUGUGUGCUCACAUGCAUGACAAGCUCACCUUCACUGUGAAGCUGUUUCUCCUGGGACUUGCCCCGGGUUCCUACUCCCUUUCCUCUUUUUCUGCUUCCCCCCAAAACAAAACUGAAGAGGACUCGUUGGUGAUGGCCGGGGUGCUGGGGUGCUGCGCUCAUCUGUGAAGACCAGAGCGAAAACACUGCUUCCACAGGGCUCCUGCCUGUGCACUGGAGAACAUGGGUGCAGUGCCUGCGGCUGACAGUGGGAUGUGAACAGGCAAAGGGGCACACGUAUCGCCACCCCGUUGCAGGAUUUUCAUGUUGGCCUUCUUGCAGACUUUGUCAUCUAAGUGUAAUCAGAAAUGCAGCCGCCUGUUGCCGAGUACUGUCAGGGGUUUCUGUACCCCAUGCAUCGUGGAGUUAUGCAGCUCCAGCCCGCGACGUGCCCCGCCCUCCACUCUCACAAGUGGCUAUCAGCUGGUUUUGAUUUUCUAAAUUUUGGGACCAGAAACUAAACGGAGAUUUUGCCAAAUUAUUAGUAAGUGAGGCAAUUUCCUGCAAGGCUGCUUUUGAGACUUCUCAUCCCGGCUAUGGCCGCCACUGCCCUCCCAUUAAGUCUCACGUCCGCCCGAGUCGCCCACUUCACAGGCAUGUCCAGGACAACCCAGUGCUGAGAGCCACAACCCGCAGCCUGGCUUGACCAUUUGUUUAAUGACUGUACAGAGAUGACAUGUUUUUUAUUACCUUUAUCUAGUUUUUAUAAUAUGUCCUCAGCUGUCGCAGAUGUGCUUGUACCGACGUUGAUACUGAGUGUCGUUGCUCACACUGGUCGGCGGCUCCUGUGUCUGUGGUUAUCUGUGCCUUUGUAAACAAGCCCACACUGGAUCCAGGCUCCCGAGGCUGGCCAUCUACUUAUGUGUCAGAGAUGGCUCAAGGAAACCCCCCCCAGAGUGACAUAAAAAGCUUUUUGUUUUUAAAUUCCACGAGUCAUAAUUUCUGCAGAUCAGCAUUAAAAUCAUCUGCCUUGGAAAGCUCAGGAUACCCUUGCACAACCCAAAAUGUGUCUUUAAUUUGAGAAAAAAUAAACAUGGUGAAUCAGAGACAGUAAAAAAAAAAAGUGUUAUGCUAAGCGUAUCAGCUACAUGAAGCUGUGCUUGUCACCUGCAUUUGAAAUACUUUCCCCACACCAGUGGCUUUCAAUUCCUGUUGUGCCACUGUCCUGUGGAUGGUCACUUAGGCUGUGUGUGUGUGUGUGUGUGUGUGUGUGUGUGUGUCAGACGCACAAUGGCUUUUUUCAUUUGUCCAGGUGAUGAGUUUCCUAAGGCCUGAAAGUGUCUUCACGGUGUCCCUGGGCUGGAGAAAUUAAAUAAGGAUUUUCUACAGCUCAAAGUCCUCUUCUCUGCUUUCCUCGACACACAUUGAACUAAGGGCUUUCUUCUUUCCAAAGUAUGUACAUGCCCUGGUUGGGGCCCCUUCCUUUUCCUGGUUUAUAAACAAGAACGCCCCAGGUCCCCAAAGAGUCUGCCCAUUUCUCUGUGCCCUGGCGUGGGGUCCCCCCCCCCAGCAGCUCAGAGCAUAAACCCUUCCACGCUGCUGUCUCUGAACUUCUUGCCUCCCGUUUUCCUGAGGGCUCUGAUUCUGAGUGUGAUGGCCACUGGAUCCAUGCCCAGAUGUCCAAACUGAGUUGGAAACUGUUCUAACUGGCAAAGCCGUGUGUGUGUGUUACAGUUUUUAAGGAAAACUGGCAGUUAGCCAAUUUGAAGUUUUUAUAAUAUUCACCAAUGUGAGUUUGAACCUGCCCAGGGGGUUGUGGGCUCCACAUUGAGAAUGGCCGGCCAGUCAGGGUGAUGUCCCCACACUGAAAAACUUGAAAGUUAUAUCAGUGAACCAUUACAUCAGAGCCAAGUAAUAUUUGCUUUAUACCAAACAAAACUGUGGAAAAGUGAAAGUGUAAAAUGUCUGUCAUGUUUUGUAUUUCACGUAUUACAGUAUUUGUGUGACUAGAUCAGUACUUUCUAGAAAAUGGUUCUGGUAAAUAAUUUAGUGAGUCACUUGAUUCUGCUAUGAUAAUAAACUGACGUUGUGUAACCGUG